AUGUCGGUCACUGAAUACUACACCAAGUUUAUUGAGCUGUCACGAUUUGCUAAAGAGUCUGUCUGCACAGAAAAGUCUAAGGCUAGGAAGUUUAAGAUUGGACUGACUACUGAUUUGCAAUUAAAGCUGUGUGGGCAAGUAUUUGAAACCUUGGAUGAAAUAUAUGGUAGAGUUGCACACCUAUGUGCCUUAGAAUUAAAGAAAAGGAAAGAAAUAGCUGAAAUGAAAGGAAAGGAAAAUAGAAAAGAGGCCAUUGUUUCAAAAUUAUCAAACUGUUUGAAAACCGCAGAUGAGGUAGAUUUUCCAAUAGUUAUUCCUACGGGUGGGGUAGCAAAGUGUAACAUGACCUUUAGAGAUGUACCUUUAGAAAUUGAAGGAAAAGUGUUUUUAUCAGAUCUCAUUGAGUUUGGGUUGAGUGACUUUGAUGUCAUUUUGGGAAUGGAUUGGUUGAGCAAGUACAGCGCAAAGAUUAGUUGUCGAUCACAGAAAGUAAAAAUGAGUACAGCUAAUAACGAGUUAGUGACACAUUGGAUGCAUGGUGAAACUAAGUGCCCAAGGAUCAUAUCUGUGUUAAAAUUGGUAAAGUAUAUUAAGAAGGGGCAUCUAGUGUAUUUUUGUAGUGUGAGGAAUAUGGAACAUGAAGAGUCAACUAAGCCUGAGGAUAUAGAAGUAGUAAAUGAGUUUCUAGAUGUGUUUCCAGAAGAGAUUCUUGGAAUGCCACCCAAAAGGGCAAUUGAUUUCACCAUAGAGCUAGUUCCAGGAACAACACCAAUUUCCAAGGCACCAUAUCGAAUGGCACCUGCAGAGAUGAAUGAGUUAAGGGAGCAAUUGGAGUUAAAUAAGGUCACCAUAACGAACAAGUACCCAUUACCAAGGAUUAAUGACCUAUUUGACAAGCUGAGAGGCGCAACUUUGCUCUCUAAGAUUGAUUUAAGGUUUGGUUACCAUCAACUUAGAAUUGCAGAUGAAGAUAUUCCCAAGACUGCAUUUAGAACAAGAUAUGGACAUUAUAAAUUCACAGUAUUGCCUUUUGGAUUGAUGAAUGCUCCUGCAAUCUUUAUGGACUUGAUGAGCAGGGUGUUUCAUCCAUUUAUGGGCAAGUUUAUGGUAGUGUUCAUAGAUAAUAUACUAGUGUAUUCGAAGAGUAAAGAAGAACAUGUAGAACAUCUGAGGGCUAUUCUGCAAACACUAAGGGAAAACAAGCUUUAUGCCAAGUUCUCUAAAUGUGAGUUUUGGUUGGAGAGAGUAGCAUUUCUGGGCCAUUUUGUGUCCAAAGAUGGGGUAGAAGUAGAUCCAGCAAAGAUCGAGGCAGUGAAAGGUUGGCCUACGCCUAAAACAGUGUCUGACGUUAAGAGUUUCUUAGGUUUAGCAGGGUGUUAUAGGGGUUUUGUGAAAGAUUUCUCGAAGAUUGCUAAACCUAUGACCCCUCUAAUGAAGAAGGACAAGAAGUUUGAUUGGGUUAACAAGUGUGAGGAAGCAUUCUAA